AUGUCGACGGUGUACAAUACAGCGUUAAAGAGAGAAGCAGCGGCGGGGAAGAAGCGCGAAUCUGAGGAACAAAACGAUGUUCAGCUUAGGCGCAACAAGCAACGGGUCCUGAUGCUGCCAUCGCGUGGCAUUACAGCACGUAUGCGUCAUUUGAUCAAUGAUCUUGAAGCGCUACUACCACAUGCGAAAAAAGACUCAAAACUCGACUCCAAGUCUGAUCUAUCGGUCUUGAACGAACUUGCCGACUUGAACAACUGCAAUAACUGCAUGUACUUCGAGGCUCGAAGACACGAGGAUUUGUAUUUAUGGCUCUCAAAGACCCCCAAUGGCCCUUCUGCAAAACUCCUAGUGCAAAAUGUGCAUACUAUGGAUGAACUGAAAAUGACAGGCAACUGCUUGAAAGGCUCGCGCCAUAUCCUGAGCUUUGACAAGGGCUUUGAUGCCGAGCCUCACUGGACAUUAAUGCGCGAGAUGCUUACGCAGAUCUUCGGCGUACCACGAACAGCACGGCGGGCGAAGCCGUUUGUCGACCAUAUUUUGUCGUUCAGUAUCCUAGAUAACAAAAUAUGGUUCCGCAACUACCAGAUUAUCGAAAAAGACCCAGGUGCAAUCGCAGCGGCUGAGGCACAAGGAACAGACCCUAAAAAGGCGCAGACAGAGCCUACACUUGUGGAAAUUGGCCCGCGCAUGGUCAUGACGCCGAUCCGCAUCUUUGAAGGCAGCUUCGGUGGACCAACGCUCUUUGACAAUCCCGAGUUUAUCUCGCCUAAUGCUGUGCGGCAUGCGAUGCGUCGUGGUAAAGGCGAGGAGUACAAGACCAGGGUGUUGCAAGCAGAGAAUUUGCGCAUGAAGCGUGACAAGUAUAAGGGAGAAGAGAGCGAGCUGAGUCGUGCUAACGUUUUUUCAUAG